AUGGGUCUCACAAUUUCCAGUCUAUUUACUCGCCUUUUCGGCAAAAAGCAAGUCCGAAUUUUGAUGGUUGGACUAGAUGCAGCUGGUAAAACUACCAUCUUGUACAAGCUGAAGUUGGGCGAAAUUGUGACCACCAUUCCAACAAUUGGCUUCAACGUUGAAACGGUGGAGUACAAAAACAUCAGUUUUACCGUUUGGGAUGUCGGUGGCCAGGACAAAAUUCGACCUCUGUGGCGCCACUAUUUCCAAAACACCCAAGGCCUCAUUUUUGUGGUGGACAGCAACGACAGAGAGCGUAUCGCCGAAGCCGCAGAUGAGCUGCAACGGAUGCUGAAUGAAGAUGAACUUCGCGAUGCCAUUUUGCUGGUUUUUGCAAACAAGCAAGAUCUUCCGCAAGCGAUGCCUGCAGCCGAGCUGACAGAACGCCUAGGUCUAAACAAUUUGCGUGGCCGCCGCUGGUAUAUUCAAUCCACUUGCGCCACCCAGGGACAGGGUCUCUACGAAGGUCUCGACUGGCUCAGCAAUGAAGUGGCCAAACUUGGUUGA